AUUGAAGUGGAUAUUCCUCGUUGCCAUCAGUAUGAUGAAUUGCUGUCAUCACCAGAGGGUCAUGCAAAGUUUAGACGUGUAUUGAAGGCCUGGGUUGUUUCCCAUCCUGAUUUGGUGUACUGGCAAGGUCUUGACUCUCUUUGUGCACCAUUUCUGUACUUGAAUUUCAAUAAUGAAGCUCUUGCGUAUGCCUGCAUGUCUGCUUUUAUACCCAAGUAUUUGUAUAACUUCUUUCUGAAGGAUAAUUCCCAUGUUAUUCAAGAAUACCUGACGGUGUUUUCCCAGAUGAUUGCAUUCCAUGAUCCAGAGUUGAGUAACCACCUUAAUGAAAUUGGUUUUAUUCCAGAUCUUUAUGCUAUUCCUUGGUUUCUUACAAUGUUUACACAUGUCUUCCCUUUGCACAAAAUUUUUCACUUGUGGGAUACAUUACUGCUUGGAAAUUCCUCCUUCCCAUUCUGUAUUGGAGUUGCAAUACUUCAACAACUGAGGGAUCGUCUUCUGGCUAAUGGAUUCAAUGAAUGCAUUCUCCUUUUUUCAGACUUGCCAGAGAUUGACAUUGAGCGUUGUGUUCGGGAGUCAAUCAACCUGUUUCGCUGGACCCCCAAGAGUGCUACGUACAGGCAAUAUGCACAGCCGCCACGGCAGGCCAGUGAGAGCAACGGCACAAGAAGUUCCAUGUCCUCCCUUUCAGCAGACUAUCAGGAAGCACCUCGAAGUGACCUGUCUAGGGAUUCCAUCAAGUUGGACGACUUGAAGGCAGAGGUGUCACCACGAAUUUCAGCAGAAGAUCUGAUUGAUUUGUGCGAGUUGACAGGACCCAGUCAUUCCAAAACACCUGUAAAGAAAACCAAGUCUAGCAAGCCAAAGCUGCUGGUCGUGGACAUUCGUAACAGUGAGGACUUUAACCGUGGCCACAUUUCUGGUAGCAUCAAUGUCCCGUUUGCAUCAGCAUUUACAGCAGAAGGGGAUCUUGUCCAGUGCCCAGCAACUGCCACACUCCAGAGCUUUAAAGGAAGAGUUGUGGUGAUUGUAGGAAAUGCAGUGAAGAACACAGCUGCUUUUGCAGCUCAUCUAGUGAAAAACAAGUACCCAAGGGUCUGCAUCCUAGAUGGAGGAAUCAACAAGAUCAAGCCAACUGGUCUCCUCACUGUUCCUUCUCCACAAAUUUAA